CCCUACGGAACCGAAGUAAAAAUAACAGCUUCCCCUUUUAUUCUUCGAUUCAUCUUCAGCUGCUGAAGAAGAGCAGAGCUAUGGCGUCAAAGCUGCAUCUCCGGAGAUGGGUCUCGAGAGUUCUUCAAAGGCCUCCGAUUCCUUCGACUGCUCCGCUCUCGCCUAGAGUCUUAUCACGAGGUCCCAGACUACUAGUAUUUCUCCAUGAAAGCUUUCUCGAUUCUCCCUCUCCGACGAAUCCUAGGAGCUUCUGCUCUAGCCCGUUGAACCUCGAUGAUGCUCAAGUCCCAACUGCAAUUGACUAUUGUUCUAUGUUGCAGGAGGACCAAUUUCAUAAGCUAGCAGAUUCCACGAUCCACACCCUGCAAGAAAAAUUCGAGGAAUACGGGGACAAUGUUGAUAUUGAUGGUUUUGACGUGGAUUAUGGGAAUGAUGUUUUGACGCUCAAACUUGGGGAUUUAGGCACGUAUGUCCUGAACAAGCAGACACCAAACAGGCAGAUUUGGCUAUCCUCCCCUGUAAGUGGUCCGUCAAGAUUUGAUUGGGACCAGAGCUCCAAAACAUGGGUUUACAGGAGAACCAAAGCCAAUCUUUUCGGACUUUUAGAGGCUGAGUUAGAAAAACUUUGCGGUCACCCCAUCGAUCUCUCGUGAAAGCUCUUCGUCGUCCCUGCCUGUUAACCAUGUUUCCUAGCAGCUCUGGCGCUAUGCUGUAUCUUGCAGAUCUUUUUAAUAUUUUCUGCUACAGACUCCUCUCAGUUUUCUUGAGGGUGAGUUCAUUAGUCAUUCUCCGAGUUAUUAAUGAGAAGUGUCAGAAUGUAGUGUUGAGGAUCAGCUGGGCAGGGUAAUUAGGGAUCAUUAGGUGAUGUCCUUAAUGUUGGUUUGAAGUAGCCUCAAUAUUUGGCGGUCCACUGAUGUCCUUCUUCCAAAUAAAUGUAGCAAAUGGUUAAACAUAGAAGUUUGCAUUUUAAAUGUGAAUUUCUGCAAGUGAAUGGUCUUUAGCA